AUGCCUUUGGCAAAUUCCUCCGAUCCUUGGCGAAUGCAAAAUGUUGGUGAUAAUACGCGUGGCGCCAAUAAUCAACCAACAAACAGUCUUCCAAUCGUUGUAGAAAAUUCAGCUGAAUCCCGUCAAGCUUCUACAACAGAAAGCCUUGACUCAACAGGUGAUGUCAGUUAUGAGCGUGAGGUAGAAUUGCAAGAUGUUAUUAAAGAAGGCCAUGAAAAGGCUGAUCCAUCACAGUUCGAGUUGCUGAAAGUGCUGGGUGAAGGUUCUUUUGGUAAAGUGUUUUUAGUACGAAAAGUUAGUGGUGCUGAUGCAGGAACUCUUUACGCAAUGAAGGUACUUAAAAAAGCUACAUUAAAAGUAAGAGACAGAGAGCGCACAAAAAUGGAAAGAAAUAUUUUAGUUGAAAUGGGCCACCCAUUUAUUGUUAAAUUGCAUUAUGCCUUUCAAACUGCAGGCAAAUUAUAUUUGAUACUAGACUUCCUCCGUGGUGGUGACCUAUUCUCACGUCUAAGCAAAGAGGUUAUGUUUACAGAAGAGGAUGUGAAGUUUUAUUUAGCCGAGCUUGCUCUAGCCUUAGAACAUGUUCAUCAGCUAGGAAUCAUAUACAGGGACCUCAAACCAGAGAAUAUUUUGCUUGAUGCUGAUGGGCAUAUAGCCCUUACAGACUUUGGCUUGUCGAAACUUCCACCAAGUAGUGAUAAAGCUUAUAGUUUUUGUGGUACUGUUGAAUAUAUGGCACCUGAGGUUGUGAAUAGAAGAGGUCAUACAUUUGCUGCUGACUGGUGGUCCUUUGGUGUGCUCAUGUUUGAGAUGCUCACAGGAAAUUUACCAUUUCAUGGAUCUACCAGACACGAAACUAUGACGCAGAUUUUAAAGGCCAAACUUGGUAUGCCGUCAAAUCUAAGCGAAGAAGCUCAGUCGUUACUCCGUGCUUUGUUUAAACGGAACCCGCAGAACAGAUUGGGUGCUGGUCCUAACGGCAUUGAAGAUAUCAAGAACCAUGAGUUUUUUGCAAGUAUUGACUGGGAUGCUUUGCUUAAAAAAGAGGUGGUGCCUCCAUUUAGACCAGCCGUUUCGAGAGCAGACGACGCAUUUUAUUUCGACUCGGAGUUUACUUGUCGAACUCCGCGUGACUCGCCUGGUGUACCAGCUUCGGCUAAUGCACAUGAGUUGUUCAGGGGUUUCAGUUUCGUCGCGCCUUGUCUACUCAAUGAUGAUAAUAAAACGUUAACCAACCAAAAUCAAAAUCACGCACCACAAACUAAAACCUCUACCGAAGAGUUUUGGUCUGGCUUUAUCAAUAGGAAUAAUUUCUUUGACGAGUACAGAUUGAUGGUUAAAAUUAUGGACAAGUUACAAUAUGACCCGCGUGAAGAAAUUGAAAUAUUAUUGAGGUACAGCCAGCACCCGCACAUCAUCAGUCUGCGCGGUGUGUACGAGGAGGGCGGACGCAUUCUGGCGGUGACGGAGCUGUGCCGCGGUGGCGAGCUGCUGGAGCACAUCACGCAGCGCCGCUACCUGCCCGAGCACGAGGCGGCGCCGCUGCUGCGCAACGUGCUGCACGCCGUGCACUACCUGCACCGGCACACCGUCGUGCACAGAGACAUCAAACCAUCGAACAUACUAUUUGCUACCGCAGAACGGAGACCUGAGGACAUUCGUCUCGUGGACUUCGGUUUAGCAAAGCAAUUGCGGGCCGAAAAUGGACUUCUCAUGACGCCGUGCUAUACAGCCAACUUUGUCGCGCCCGAAGUAUUAAAACGUGCCGGCUAUGACGCUGCCUGUGAUAUCUGGAGUUUAGGUGUUCUCGCUUACAUAAUGCUAUCUGGUCGGACUCCGUUUGCUUCGACGGGCGAUGACACUCCCGAAGCAAUUUUAGCGAGAAUUGAGUCUGGAAAGGUGGAGCUGACGGAGGGUGCGGGGCGCGCGGUGUCUGCGGAGGCGCGCGCGUGCGUGCGGCGCAUGCUGACGCUGGAGCCGGCGCUGCGGCCGCGCGCCGCCGACCUGCUGCGCGAGCCCUGGCUGUGCGCGCCCGCGCCCGCACCCGCCCCCGCCCCCGCCCCCGCCCCUGCGCCCGCACCCGCGCCCGCUCCGCCCCUCGCCGACCUGCGCCGCGCCGUGGACCUCACCUUCCAAGCUAUGACAUCCGCACCGCUAACGCCCCAAGUGCUGGGUCCCGUCACACAAUCGACACUCGCCCAGCGAAGAAUCAAGCCCCAACGCCGAUUUCCGCCAACACAACUCUAA